GCUUAUUCAUAUUAAUAUAUGCAAUUAUAUAAUUAUUUUAUAAAUAUAUAAUCAGCUAUUGAUAAUCUUGUCAUUUUGCUUUCCGGUGCCCAGGAUUGAAUCAGAGCUGAAUCUGCAAUCGGCGCGAGAGCGCGGCCAUCAAAAUGCCGGCAGCACUGCCAGUCUGCCGGUCUUCGGGCGGCCACGCACCAGCCGCUCGGCGUCGCUGGCCGGCAUCGGCGGGCUACCCAGCGGCAACAUUUUCAGCACGCUGUACCGCGGCGGCGCCGCAUCCGGCAGCGCUGCAUCGGCUACCUGUCUCUACCUGAUGGCCGGCGACGAGGAGCAGGCACCACCGCCUCCAGGUGCGCCCUCCCAACCGCCCCGUCGGUCCGGUUCGCGACGCGGCCGGCUGCAUUCCGCGACCGACCAGUUGGAGCCGGAAUUCGGGGCCGGCGAGGCGGAAUGGCAGGCGGAGCCGUCCAGUUCCGGGGAGCCGGCCGUGUUCGUGGGGGCCGUGUCCAAGUCGCACUCGGGCUCCGUCGGGAUGAGCCGCACGGGCACCGCCCACUCCCAUCUGACGGCGGACGGCGAAACUCGGACGCCGAAUUUGGAGCCGGAGUUCCAGCGCGUCACCGUUAUGCAUCCAGCGGUGGACGGGCGCUUGACCGCCGAUGAGGCAUCGAUCUCGGAGGACCUGCACCGGUCGGCGCAUCUCCUGGUGGAGGCCAUCGCCUGCCGCUACCACUACAUGCAGCAGUCGCACCAGUCUUUCUACCCCACCACCGAGCGCUUUCUCAAGGGCCUGCAGAGUAAUCAACGCGUGGCGCGGCGGCUGGCCCGUCCAAGUGCUGCCGCUGCCUCCUACCAGCGCCGGCAGUCCGCGUUUGAGCGCCACAACGCCGAGGGAGCGGGAACGGCGAGCGGCAGUCCCCGCAGCGAGAAGGACCCCUUCAGCUGCCCGCUCCUGUCCCCCGCCGGCUGCCACGUCCACUUUCACGAAGGCGUCUUUCAGGUGCGCUGUCCGCCGGACGCGCCCGUUCUCGGCCGGCGGCCCAGUCAGGACUCCACAGAGGCCGAGGGCAUCACGCUGUCUCUCAGCGGUCCGUCCUUCGAUGAAGCAGACGGAGAGGGGCGGGCGACCGGCGACACCCCGCUGGUGCAGGUGGAGCGCAACCAGUUCCUGCGCGACUUCACCGCGCUCUACCGCAUGAUCAUCGACGGUCCGCUGAAGUCAUUCUGCUUCCGGCAGCUGAACUACCUGCAGAACAAGUUCCAUCUGCACUGCAAUCUGAACGAGAACCGCGAGAUGGCCGCGCAGAAGAGCAUCCCGCACCGCGACUUCUACAACAUCCGCAAGGUGGACACGCACAUCCACGCGGCUUCGUGCAUGAACCAGAAGCACCUGCUGCGCUUCAUCAAGAAGACGAUGAAGACCAGCCCGCUGGACGCCGUCUGCCUGGACCCGGCCACCGGCCGGCCGCUGACCCUGGCCGAGGUGUUCGCGCGCAUGCAGCUGACCACCUACGACCUCACCGUGGACAUGCUGGACGUGCACGCCGACCGCAACGCCUUCCACCGCUUCGACAAGUUCAACGCCAAGUACAACCCCAUCGGGCAGAGCAUCCUGCGCGACAUCUUCAUCCGCACCGACAACUACAUCCACGGCAAGUACUUCGCGCAGAUAUUGAAGGAGGUGAUGGCGGAUCUGGAGGAGAGCAAGUACCAGAACGCCGAGCUGCGGCUGUCCAUCUACGGGAUCAACAUGGAGGAAUGGGACCGGCUGGCCGAGUGGGCGGUUAGCAACCGCGUCCACUCCGAGAAUGUCCGCUGGCUCAUUCAGAUCCCGCGUUUGUAUGACGUGUACAAAGCCAGCGGCCUGGUCAGCAACUUUCAGGAGAUGCUGCGCAACAUCUUCCAGCCGCUCUUCGAGGUCACCGAGAAUCCCGCCAGCCAUCCGAACUUGCACCAGUUCCUGCAAUACGUGGUGGGCUUCGAUUCAGUAGACGACGAGUCGAAGCCGGAGCACAGUCCCUUCCACCUGGCCUCACCGCUGCCCGCCCAGUGGGACGGCAGCGAGAACCCGCCCUACGCCUACUACCUCUUCUACAUGCACGCCAACCUGGCCUCCCUCAACGCCUUCCGCGCCUUGAGAGGCCUCGACACCUUCGCACUGCGUCCCCACAGCGGCGAGGCCGGGCCUGUCCAGCACCUCUUGGCCGGGUUCCUUCUGACUGAGAGCAUUUCCCAUGGUUUAUUACUGAGAAAGGUGCCGGUGCUGCAGUACCUGUACUACCUGACGCAGAUCGGGAUCGCCAUGAGUCCGCUGAGCAACAACUCGCUCUUCCUCAGCUACCACCGCAACCCCCUCCCCGACUACCUGGCGCGCGGCCUCAACAUCUCCCUCUCCACCGACGACCCGCUCCAGUUCCACUUCACCAAGGAGGCGUUGAUGGAGGAGUACAGCAUCGCGGCGCCCAUCUGGAAAUUGAGUUCGACGGACCUGUGCGAGCUGGCCAAGAACUCGGUGCUGCAGAGCGGCUUCUCCACGGCGGUGAAGCAGAGCUGGCUGGGCGCCGACUACCUGGAGGAGGGCGUCAACGGCAACGACAUCUCCCGCACCAACGUCCCCGACAUCCGCGUCGCUUUUAGAUACGAGACGCUCUUCGACGAGCUGCGCACCCUCUUCGACACCGUCAUGGACCACCACCACCCGCCCGCCAACGGGGGGCCGGCCGCCGAGCGGAAGCCGGUCAAGACGGCCGGCGACGCCCUCACGCACACGCAGACGCACGUACAGGGCACCGCAGGCGGGCGCCGACGCGACAAAGAGACGCCGAUUCUGGCGAAACAUUUUCCGCUGGUUUAGUUUCGUUCCCGGUGUUUUUGCGAUGAUAAAAACAGAAAUUGUGCUUAUAGCUUAUUUAAAGCGAUAAAAUUGCUAAUUUUGUUUAUGUGCCAAAUUUUAUUCACACUGUUGCCACAGAACGAUUUAUUUACAA